UAUAUUGUCUUAGCAAACACUCAGACACCAAGCUAACUAGAUGGAAACCUCAGGCAUCAUUGGAACAUGCCUCAUGAAAUGCCCUGAAAGUGAAGUAAAAUGUGCAUUAUCGGCUCGUCGAGGCGCCAGCGUGAGCGGCUCAUCCACCUUUUGGAGGCGGACGAAGCUACAGUUAGCGGUCCGGCCGGCAGGCGGCGCGCCGAUCGGGACCGGAUGAUCAAGAGUUUCGAGCGAUCGGCGGCGGGCCGGCCGGUGAGUGAGCGGCGCUGCCUGCGGCCGCCGGCCGUGCUGCUCGAGACCGUCGGCUACGUCUUCCACAGUGUGCUGCCCCGCGCCGAGUCGGUCGGCUGGCCGGCCGUGUACGCGUUCUGUGUGGACCGUCUGCGCGCGGUGCGCCAGGACCUGACCGUGCAGCAGGCGGCCGGACCGCAGGCGCUGGCUGUGCUCCGGCGCUGCGCCCUCUUCCACCUGUACGCCGACUACAGGUCCCGGGACUGUCCGUUGGACGUGUUUGACCGGCACAUCAACACGCGCCAGCUGCAGGAGUGCCUGCUGGGGGUGCUGCGACUGCAGCAGGCGCAGCCCGACGGCCCCACAGAGCUGUGUGAACGGUUCGAGGCCGUCCACCUGCUGACCAGCCUGCCGCACGAGCGGCGGAUGCACGAGCGCUGGCUGCGGCCCACAAACAGGGAUCUGCGGCUGGCCCUGGAGUUCCGGAAUGCCUGGGAGCUGGGUAACUUUGUGCGAGCCUGUCGGCUGGCCGGCGAGAUGUCGCCGCUGCUGCAGCUGGCCGUGUACCGCCACCUCGCCGCCCUCAGACAACGCGGCCUGCGGGUGCUGGCUGCCGCCUACGGUAGCGGCUCGCUGGCCGUAUCGGCCGCCGCCGUCGCCGGCUGGCUCGGCUACGAUGACGUCACCGAUCUGCGGUGUGACGUCACUCAGUGCGCACGGCUGACGGAGCGCGGUGACGCCGUGUUCGACCGGAAACUGUCGACCAGUCAGGUGAAGGUGCCCGAUCGCGGCUGGCUGUCCCUGGAACGUGCUCUCCGCGACCCGGCCCGCCUGCUGGCCGUGUGCCAGCUGACCGACGACACUCAGAGGUGACCUGAGGUCAGGUCACAGCGAAGACCGGGGGCGAGGUCACAGGGAUGAGGUCACAGCUGUGCCCUGAGGCCAGGUCACAGCGGUGACCGGGCGCGAGGUCACAGCAGCGCCCUGAGGGUAUGCUCAUGUGUGAUAUGGUAACGUGGCCAUAGCUCCCAGGUGGUCUGGGAUGAGGUCACAGUGGUGACCUGGGGCGAGGUCAAUGUGGUGACCUGUGAUGUGUUAUGGCUACAUGUAUGUAAAUCGGGCCCGUUUAAUAGGCUGCUGCGGGGUCCAUUCAAUCAUGUGAGGUGAUUCUGGUAACACAUAACGCAAACUAUCAUUUGAUCCGCGCCGUGCUGGUGAUCUGAGUUUCCCGUGGUGUGCGGGGGUGAGGCGUUUCACGCAUCCCCCGUCUAACUCGGCUCCUGGGCCACGUAGCGACACGCAGUAAGCGGCACUUGAAAGAGCGUCAAAAAUAAUGAAGAAAAUUCUUCGGUCAUUCUUAGGUCAGGUCAAAGGUCAGGUCGCCAGAGGUCAUCAAAGGUCAAAUUUCGCCUAUUUCAACAAUUUUCGAUGCACCAGCGCAUAACUCAGGAACCAAUAGAGCUGCAGCGCCGCGGAAAAGCGCAUCUAAUAGUUCUAUUAGCCUUCAUUCUGGAGUGUGCCCUCGGAUUUGACCGUGGGUCAACGAUUUAACCCCAGACUAGGGUAAAAACUGAAAAAUAACCGUUUUUUACGAAAACAUGUUUUUCUCCAAUAACUUUUGAUUCAAGAGAGUCUCGACAUUAAUUUGGCCAGCAUCGUGUUCCUCUCGUCGAGACGCCUCGAAUGAAUUAUAUUGUGACUUUGAGAAGUCAAUUUGAAAGUUUGAUUUAAGGCCAAGGUCAUGUCCUAACCAGAAAAGGUCAUGUUGCACAUCAGCCGAUCCUUGUCGUCGAACAGAACUCAUCUGUUGCGUUUCCAUGGCUCUAGCAUGCCUCUCAGCAGAAGUUAUUAGCGAGAAACUGUUCAACCCUUUUGUGACCUGAGAUGACCUCAAGGACAUUAGCCGAGUGGUCACGGCCCACGGGUGCCUUUUCCGGUUUAGUGUGUCUUGUUUGUUUGUAAUUAGGUAUUUGAAGGUGUUAAGAAUGACGUUCGUCCAAAACAGGCGCUUUUCAAUUUCUACAUUGACUGAUAGUGGUAAUGGAGAGGUCGCAAAAUUGACGUGACCUUAUGUCACCGAUAUCGAAAUUCCGAGACAAACAUUUUGUACAUACUGCUGCUCUAAUCAAUCGCUAAAAGUUUCAAAGCGAUCGAUCACUCGGUGAAGCUAUGGUCACUGAUGUGACCUGGUGACCUGACCUCGAUUGACCUGGGUCUGAAAUUUAAGCAUGUGUGGAAAAGAUGUAUGAACAGGUUUGCUAAAAACGGCAGCGCUGCUUUUGAGAUAUUCGCGAAAAACCUGACGGGGGGGGGGGCGUGAAAACGCACCCCAGCACGGCGCGGGCUAGAUAAUUUUGUUAUUUCUGUAGCUUGAUUAUUAUAUUUUGAUCGUAAUUUAAAGUACCGUCACGAUUUGUAUGCUAUCAUGUCCUACUGAUUUUAUCGCAUAUUUUGAUUAUAUCAUGUGGUCAGUACAAACACUAAAGGAAACUUCAAGGGCAAUUUGUGGGUGAAUAUUUUAAAUACAAUACGGCAGCUUCA